AUGAUCGCUCAACCGUCACUGUACAGCCUGUCCAACGAGAGCUUCCUGAGUCUUCCGGCCCAAGGAAAGUUUCUAAAGCGAUGGGCCAAGGGGAUGGCUACGAGUAACAAAUCACAGGCCAUUGUGGAGAGUGGCGGGGAAAGCCGCAGCUUUGUGAGUGCGCAAGGGAACACCGCCAGGGCACUCAGCCACGGCUACAUAACCCCUACGCCAUUGAGUUAUAGCAGCAUCCAUGGCCCGAACUACGGAACACCCAGGCGAAACAGCGUCAGUGUGUCUUUGCUAUCCCCGAAUCCGGCGAGCCCGCCCACGUUCAUGUUCUCCAGCGGGGUUGAGACAGCCGAGCGCACCAUCACAUCUAUUAGCAGCUCGGCUUUACCGCUGUACCGGAAAGAGGUUUGGCUCAAUGUGUCAGAGACCUCGCCCCCGAUGCAGCACAGGAAAUCAUAA